AUGGCAGGUUCCUUGGAGCUGCACCAUGUCGCGCUGCAUAUCCCGGGCACAGCGUCGGGAAUCGCCUUCCCAGCUAUUCGAUGGGGGACCACCCUGGCACGGGAUCCUUUGGAGGCUGAAGAGUUGUUGCCAACGAGCAACUCUCCUGGCGCUGCUCAAGCUCUACCGCCAGGUCGCAGCAGCUCAAAAGUGAUCUCCAGCAGUUUGAGCCGCGCAGCAACAUGGAUUGAGGCUGGCCGUCGCCUGGUGGGCGAGUUUCCGCCGCCAUCGCACGAUGUCUUGGGCAUUUCAGGCUCCCGGGUAGCCUCCAGCAAGGAAGGGAAUGCAGAGAGUACUUCGGGCGCAGAAGGCAAAACUGCUGUACGUAUUGGUUUCCUGAUCGUACCUCCCGAAGUAUUUCUUCCACAAUCAGCGCGUGAAAACCAGAGUGAGGACUCAGAAGAGUCCGAAGCAGGAUCGCAGCAUCCAGAGGGCCCGAGCCUCUGGCGUUUGUCGGUGCACCUGGCACGGCCCGAAGUGUCCCUGGAGCCCUCCUGGUGCAUGGCGAUGAAGGAGCCAUGGAGAUGGUUGUGA